GGGGGGGGGGUGAAGGGGGCGGUGUUGCUGCCGCCGCCGCCGCCGCCGCAGCUGCCGGAGGAGCGGGAGCCUCGCCGGGGAUGGUGCUUCUGGCGGCGCUGGCUUCUCCGGGCGGCUCGACGGCGUUUCCAGACAGAAGAUAGCAGUAAUGCUAACAUUGGCAAGCAAGCUAAAACGGGAUGAUGGUGUCAAGGGGCCCCGUUCAUCCAACCCAGGUUCUGAUUCAACUCGAAGAGUGUCUGUUAGAGAUAAGUUACUUGUUAAAGAAGUUGCAGAACUUGAAGUAAAUUUACCUUGUACAUGUGAAGUAAACUUUCCUGACCCAAAUAAACUCCAUUAUUUUCUCCUAACUGUAAACCCAGAUGAAGGUUAUUAUCAAAAUGGAACAUUUCAGUUUGAAAUUGAAGUUCCUGAUGCCUAUAAUAUGGUGCCUCCCAAAGUGAAAUGUUUGACUAGAAUCUGGCAUCCCAACAUCACGGAAACAGGGGAAAUCUGUUUAAGUUUAUUGAGAGAACAUUCAAUUGAUGGCACUGGCUGGGCUCCCACUAGAACAUUAAAGGAUGUUGUUUGGGGAUUAAAUUCUUUAUUUACUGAUCUCUUGAAUUUUGAUGAUCCUUUGAAUAUUGAAGCUGCAGAGCAUCAUUUACGCGACAAGGAGGAUUUCCGAUCUAAAGUGGAAGAUUACAUUAAGCGCUAUGCAAGAUGAUGAAGGGAGAAGGCAGGACCAUGGAUUGUGAAUGCAAUGUUGAUUGGUAACUUGAUAAAACAUCAAAAAACCUGGAAUGUGCUUGUUCUGUAUCCAUGUUGUUCUGAAGAAGAUAACAAGCUUCAAAAUACUUCAUGUAAAUGGUGAGUUCACCGUCAAUACAACAAGAAAAUUGUGUAUGUUGGUUGGAGAAAAGGUUGUUUGCUUAACUCUUGACAAUGUUUUCUUUUCUGAAAUUGUACUGUAUAUCUGGAAUUGAGAUGUGCUUGAAACAUAAAAGAAAUCACUAUUAAGAUUAUUUUCACUUAAAAAAUUAUUCAUGUCUAGUAAAAAUUAAUGGUAUGUUUACUGGAACACUUAAAAAUUGGCAAUAAAAUUGGUCUUUAUAGAACUUUUAAGAUGCAUAAAUAUUUGCCUUUGCUGGAACUGAAAAAAAGUCCUGCACUUGAGCAAAGGUAAUUGCAUAAAGCCAGUUUAUACCUACUGUUGAAGUUCUUAUAUUUAACUUUUUAAAAUUGCUGCUUUCUCUUCCUUUUUUGCCUACAGUGUUUUGAGUUUGCAUUUAUUGUGCAAAGCACUUACUGAAACCAAGGCUGAUUCUAUGGCCUACAUAUAAAUGCAGUGUAUUAUUUUUAAAACUCAAUAUUUUACACGGAGGUGCAAUGAAAGGGAAGUGUUUUUUAAACUAUCUUUUUAAAUUUUAGAUUUUGCUGUGGAAAGUUGAUAUUUCAGACUAUUAUAUAGUAAAGUAACAUGAAGUUUCAAGUAAUAACUUGGGAGAACUACCCAAAGCUCUAGCACCUAAUCCAUGAGAGCAACUUACUUAAUGCUGCAAUUCCAUUAUCACACUCUUGGAAACCAACUCUUCUGGGAUAAAGGCAUAGUUUAUGAAGAAUGCUUUUAAAGCCCACUUAGCUAGCUAGCUCUAUAUCAAAGAAUGUAUAUAUCAGAUUGCAGCAUGCCUUUUGGGUGGGAGGGUGCAUGUACCUCAGGAACUAGUUCAAAGCAAAUGCCACACACAGUGUGUGUUUAUUAUUUUAGCCUACUUCUUCCUGACAUGUUGAUCACAGCUGAUACUGUAACUGGCCUGGGAAUCAAUUGAGAGAGCCAUAGUCAUCAAAUUUUAUUUAGGUUUCAUACAUAAAAGUGAAAUGUAUUUUGGGUUACUGUGAUAAAUUACCGCUAAAGCCAGAAUAUGAAUAAAUGUUUGUGUAGUUUCAUGCAUAUGUUGUGCAAAACAUUUCCUGCCUCAACAGUUACCUGUGCCAUAUGAAAGAAUCUACAAUGGCUUGUGAUUUGCCAUUAUGGUAAAAACUGUACAGUAAACUUUGAUAAUGAAAGCCCUGAAAUUGCACCAUAAUUUUCAUAGAUUUUAUCAGUGUAAGACAUUUGGCUGUGCAAUUGUUACGAUCUAGCCAAAGUUAUAUGCUUUUAGGUCGCAUCGAUUUGAAUGGGAAAUAUUUACCCGUAUAUUCCAGCGUACAAGACGACUGGGCGUAUAAGACGACCCCCAACUUUUCCAGUUAAAAUAUAGAGUUUGGGAUAUACUCGCCGUGUAAGAAAUACGACCCGGCGUAUAAGACGACCCCCGACUUUUGAGAAGAUUUUCCUGGGUUAAAAAGUAGUAUUAUACGCAGGAAUAUACAGUAAACAUAAGUUUAACUUUCCUUUUGCCAUCAAUGAUACUUUAAAAGUACUUAACCUUUGGCGGGAUUGUACCUAGUAUAUCUUAAAGAUCUGUUGCAAAACAUAUAGUUCCUUAAACUUGUAAUGCUGCUACUCAGAACUUGGGUAAAUGACUUUUUCUAGCCACUGAUGUUGGUGUGCAGAGUUGGGCCUCUGAGAAAUUAUUCAAAAAUGUUCUUCUGAAUCUAUAAAGCAAUGUGUAAUUUUAUUGAAAAGUAUGAAAGAGAUUAUUCCCAAUCAGGGCAGUUUUCAUGAGAAGCAUUUCCCCCUUUCUUAAAAAGAAAAUACUGAAACAGCAGGAAAGAUAAGAGCCACUGAACGUUCACCUUUGUAAUCAGUAACAUGAAUAUAGCCUGAAGGACUGUUUCCCCUGUUAAACAUGUAUAAUGUGGAAAUACAUUUCUUUAGGUAUGAUUAAAGUUAUCCAUAGUUUUA